GGAGUCUCUCUAUCUUUGCAUUCAAUCAGAAUAUGUCUCAACAACGUAAAGCUCUUUGGGAGGCCGAACUCGACGAGGACCUGCAAGAUGUGGAUCUCAAUCUCGCAAUCGGCAACUAUGGGCAGAUGUAUGAUGACGCGCAACCAAGGAUUGACGAGGGGACUCUGCUCGCCGUGCAGCAGCAGAUGGUACAGCAGGCAGCAUUCGCACAGAUCCCUGACGUAGUGAAACGCUUCAUCGUGCAUUUCUAUCAAGCGGUGCUGGAUAACAAUCUCGCGGAGAUCACUGCUGCAUAUGAAAGCGGUUGGAACCGCCUCACAGAGAAGUUCUACUCAAAGACGGAGUGGCCUGAGGCAGAGGUGAUUGCGCCGUUAGUGAACGACAACCCGAUCUUUCUCAUCCUAUACCGGGAGCUCUACUAUCGGCAUGUCUACUCGCGUCUGCAACCCGACAUCGACGACCGCUUCCACUCGUACGAGAACAGCUGCGAGCUGUUCAACUACCUUCUAAACUCCGACGGCCCAGUCCCACUAGAGCUGCCCGAACAGUGGCUGUGGGACAUCGUUGACGAGUUCAUCUAUCAGUAUCAGUCGUUCUGUGUAUGGCGCUCAAAGGUCAAGUCUCGGACGGAGGAAGAGCGUAUGUUGCUCGCAGAUGCGAGCCAAGUAUGGAGCUCGUACAGUGUGCUGAACGUGCUGUACUCUCUCAUACAAAAGUCCAAAAUCAACGAGCACAUCGUUGCUCAGCAGGAGGGCAAAUCGGCAGAGGAGAUUGCAGAGAUCGUCGGUGAAUACGGCGUUCGCCCAUUGUACCGCAUGCUCGGCUACUUCAGCAUCAUCGGUCUGCUGCGCGUGCACAGUCUUCUCGGAGACUUCACAUUGGCUUUGAAGGUGAUGGAGAACGUGGAGCUGAACCAAAAGUCGCCCUUUACGCGUGUAACCGCAUGUCAUGUCACGACCUACUACUACGUUGGCUUCUGCUACAUUAUGCUGCGACGAUACCCCGACGCGAUCCGCGCGUUCGUCUCGAUCCUGAACUUCAUCCUCCGCAUGCGGCAAUAUCACACUCGGAGCUAUCAGUAUGACCAGAUCAACAAAACUGCCGACCGGAUGUAUGCUCUCUUCGCGAUCUGCAACGCGCUUUCGCCGAUGCGAUUGGAUGACAACAUUUCGAACAUCGUCAAGGAGCGGUACGGCGAGCAGUUCUCGAAGAUGUCUCGGGGCGAGGAAGGCAUUCCGGCCUUCGAGGAGCUGUUCCUUUAUGCAUGCCCCAAGUUCAUCUCAGCGAACCCACCGCCGUACGAGGACCCCGAACUGCUCGCGGCCUACGUCGAGGAUUCCCCGGUAGAGCCGGCGCAGCGACACCUCGCGCUGUUCCUAUCCGAGGUACGCGCACAGGCGCCGGUGCCGACUUUGCGCAGCUUCCUGAAGCUGUACACAUCGUUGGAUGCGAAGAAACUCGCCAACUUCCUCGACGCGGACGAGGAGGAGAUGGUACAGCAGAUGAUGGUUAUGAAGCAGGCGAGUCGGAGCGUGAGCCGAGUCGAGAACGAGAAGGGCCUGCUGGAUGGCCAGAUGAUCUCUACGAGCGACUUGGAUUUCGUGAUCGACGAGAACAUGGUCCACAUCGCCGAGUCGACCGUUGGACGGCGCUUUGCGGGAUGGUUUAUCCGGAACACUGAACACGCGCAGCGCGUUUUUGAUACGCUCCGCAACAGCCCACUUCCUGUUCCACCGAAGCCUGUUGCGCAGAAGCCUGCAGUGAACGGAACGAACGAGCCAGCGACACCGGCUGCGUCUGCUCCCCGGAAUGGAGGUCAGAAGGUAGCAUGGGGAGGCGUCAAGGUCGCGUAAACCAGCGGUGUCUGUGCUAUGCUUUUGCUUGUCUGCUCUUGUGAUUCCUGGUUCUUUAUGAAGAUACUGAUCUACCCAAAGCCGCCUGGAUGACGGAAGCGUUAACCAAUGUGACAUACAGUCAGCGUCCUCUUGAUUUGAACUUACAGCUGCCCAUUCGCUUUCGCGAUUCGUUCUCGAUUGUUGGACCCUAAGGCUUCACGGC